CGUCUGCUGAGUGUUGCGUUUACGGUGUGUUUGUAACUGUGAGACGUCCAAACACUGAACGCGUUCAGCUCAGGUCGGAUGUGCGGCUGUAAAUCGUCGUUACACAGUUUACUCACUGGAUGAAACACAACGAUUGAUCGCUCUGCCAGAGGCGCUUUAACGUCUUCUCCCGUUGUUCAUGCCUGAGUCACAAUAAUCUAAUGAGGUCAUAUAUAACAGAACAGUCAAACUUGUAGCAGAGUGUUUUCACAGUGUGGUAUUUGUACUUUUGCUGAAGCAGAGGAGUUGAAUACUUCCUCCAGCAGUGAUGAAAAUAACCUGCAGAUAAACAGACAGUAAAAGCUUCUGACUGUAUUCAGACUCUGUUAUUGUCGUGCUGAAAGGAUAAUAAAGUGUGCGUCUGCCCUGGGAGCAGGACUGUCUAUUCUCAGGUUGUCAUUACGUCCCACAAGGAGCGGAGUCUGAUCUGAGGACAGUUCCAGCAGCAGGUGACGUCUGAUGGGGAGACACUCGGGCGGAGCGUCCACUGCUAAUGAGAAUGAAUGAUGGAGGGAUUCCUCCAUCCGCCGCAUAUAAGCUGCUGCUGCUGCUGCUGCUGCUGCUGCUGCUGCUGCUGCUGCUGCUGCUGCUGCUGCUGCUCUGACUGACGGAGGAGACGCGCACAGCAGACCGGAGACCAGCAGGUCCCCAUCUACCGUCUGACAUCAGCACACCUGAGAUCAGCAGAAAACAUGGGACGGGCACCUGGGCCUGACCUCAAUGACUCCAUCUGGCUCCGCCCCUGCGCCAACGCCUCCUGUCAGCCUCCAGUCAGAGCGGCGUGUCCGUACAGCACGACUCAGAUGAUCCUAAUUGCCAUGGUAACCACAUCCCUCAGCAUUGUCACCGUCCUGGGCAACACACUGGUGAUCCUUUCCAUCAAGGUGAACCGUCACCUGCGGACUGUCAACAACUACUUCCUGUUGAGCCUGGCGGUGGCUGACCUGAUUGUCGGCCUGCUCUCCAUGAACCUGUACACGCUGUACCUGCUGCAGGGCCGCUGGCCCCUGGGGGCCGCGGUCUGCGACAUGUGGCUUGUUGUGGACCACGUGGUGAGCAGCACUUCUGUCAUGAACCUGCUGAUCAUCUGUUUGGAUCGGUACCUCUGUAUGACGCAGCCGCUCAGCUACCCGGUGCGGCGGACCGGCAGGAUGGCCGGUCUGAUGAUUGGGGCCGCCUGGCUGCUGUCCUUCGUCCUCUGGGCCCCCGCGAUCCUCUGCUGGCAGACGGUCGAAGGCAAACGUGUUGUCCCUGAUGGAGAAUGUUACACCCAGCUCCUCGCCAGCCCUGCUGUCACUCUGGGGACGACCCUUCCUUCUUUUUACCUGCCGGCGCUCAUCAUGGUCAGCCUGUACAGCCGCCUGUCCGCCGCCAGCCAGAGUCGACUGAGCGCGCUUCGGUCGGAGAGAGGCACGCUCAGGACGUCCAGUCCGUCCAUAAAAGACUUCCUCUUGAAACGGCGGAGUUGGCCGCCCAGUGACCCAGGCUCAGACUUGUCUCUGAACCGAUCGGAGGUCAGCAGCCUGAAGCCCAGAAGGAACCACAAAGUGCCCAGAAGUCCUGGUGACUCCUCCGAGCCAACGGACGUCUGUUCGUCUCCCCGGCAGUGUUGCUCUCACUCUGCUGUCCGCUACUCCGGUGUUGAAGACCACAACAGGUUCGAAAAUGACUCUUCAUCCAACACUGACCUUCACAGGAUGGCCUCAACAGCUUUUUCUGCCUGUCCCAGUUUCAGGUCUCAGGAGAGACGGAGACGUCGCGUGAUGGCCAGAGAGAGGAGGGUCACCAAGACCAUCCUGGCUAUCCUGCUGGCCUUCAUUCUCACCUGGACCCCAUACAACAUCUUGGCCGUCAUUGCUGCCUUCUGUCACUUCUGCAUCCCCAGCGUGCUGUGGACCACAGGAUACUGGCUCUGUUACAUCAACAGCGCCAUCAACCCCGGCUGCUACGCUCUGUGUAAUGUCACCUUCAGAAAAACCUUCUGCAGCCUGCUAUGCUGCCGCAGCAGGACGCUUCAUUGACCCUGUUGUGUUGUUGCACACCCAUGAGCCUCAUCAGACUUUGCUUUGAAAAGCCAGAAACCACAGUCAUAAUUUUGUCAAAUCAUUGUGGACCAAAACAAGGCACUACAGCUGCUGGGCUGAUCCACAACUGACCCAGAAUCCAAAAGUAAAAUGAUAAACUUUUCCCCCAGUACUGUAAUCUUUAGCGCUCACAGGGUGCACUGAGAUUGGAUGUUUGCUCCUCAAAUGCGCCUUAGAAGUUGUAGUAAUUUUCUGCCACCUUAGUUCAGGAUACCUCUGAAACGAGUGACCAAAUUCCUGUUAACCUCACUGUAGUUUGAAGAAUAUUGUUAUUAUAGCAUGCUAACAUAGCAGAGAAAUGAAUGUUCAUAUUAUGCUAACGUAGCUUGACAUCACUGCUGCCAGCUGCUGCUCCUCACUUGAACACGUAUCAUGUCCAGAGCUAAAUGCCUAUUGAGCUCACCUCUUUUACUGUCGUUUUAGGUCUAAACAGAAUUAGGCUGACAUUGUGCCGGUUUUCCUCCGCGCUGCAUGUGUGUUUCUAAUGCUGGUAAACUUAGAAUUCAUCUGUAGAUAUUAAACCACAAAGUCACUUGAGUGAAUUUGGACACUCAAAAUGGCAGACAGUAAAAUCAACGCACUGUAUUGUAAAUACGGAGUGAUUUUUGACAGGAAUCGGUCUAAAUGCUAAAUGUACGCAUGUUAGCAUGUCAACAAAUGCUGUCAUGCUAACCUCCUAAUACAGUCAGUGUGUAAUGCUAACUGCCUGCAUGUUAAUGCGUGGUUAGCAUACUAAUCGUACAGUGACAUUUAGCAUGUGCUACGUUACUGCGCGAGUGUCUCGUUGCUGAAUAACAUCUGCAGAGAAGUGAUGAACACAUUGGAAAGAGUUAAAUAUUAAGCAUUAUAUGACUGACAUGUUUGUGCACAAUAACAAACAGACUCUUCACCAAAACAAUGUACAGUAUUUAAUUUGUUCAUUUAUACAAGUUUCAUCUUGCAAUGUCAAUAGUCUACAGUUCAAAAAAUAGAUUUUAUAGAGGACUUUGCCAGUACAGAUCCACCCAAGCCUUUUAGUCCUUUUUUUUGUUUUUUGUUUUUUUUACAAAUUUUAAAGGCAAUUCUCAAACAGAACUCUUUAUUUCCCAGUGACUCACGUCCCGGACCAUUGAGCAGUUUGCAGAGUGGAUCAGAACAUGUCUUGUAUGUUAAUUUAACUUCAGCUACUGUAAAAGCUUAAAGGACUAUUUUGAAAUUUACUGUUAAUACAAACUAUCCGCUAUGAGGACAGAAUUAUUCAUUAUUACCUAGAGGGAAGAUUCUGGAAAAGCUUUCCACACACUUCAAUCGAAAUAAACCAGGAAAAUCAGAUCAAAACUGGUACAAGAAGAAUAAACGUCAAAGGAGGCCAAAAAUCAAAGGUGGCUGGUGUGUUUUGGAGGAGUCUCUUGGUUUUUUGUGUUUGAUGAAGGAGAGAAGACGAUUGUUCAGCUGGAGAAAGAGAAAUGAAUCCUGCCGUCUUCUUCGUCUGUUUCCAUCCUUUAGUUUGCCUUCUUGUCCCCUGGUAAAGGAAAUAAACAGUGUUAAUCGAAAAAUGUUGUCUAAAUGUCUAAAAUAAACUGAUCAGUUGUAUAUUGCUGCUCUAAUGACUCGUCAGAUCUCCUUCAAGAAUUUUAUUUGUUGUGUUCUUUGUAGUUUUUCAGAUAUCUGUGCUAAAAUGUUUUGGUUAUGAAUAAAAUGCUCAUCUGUAAAAGAUGA